GUGCUUCUUCAUCGGAACGGUUUGAAGGGGACACCGAAAGGACAACUUGGAGCAGCGGAACGGUGUAAAUGUCCGCAAGGAAGAUGAGUACCAAACAGGUGACCUGCAGGUAUUUCCUUCAUGGCGUGUGUCGGGAGGGCAGCCGUUGUCUGUUCUCCCACGACCCGACCAGCAGCAAACCCUCCACCAUCUGCAAGUUCUUCCAGAGAGGAGCAUGUGCCUACGGAGAGCGCUGCAGGUGUGUAUGGUGUGUGUGCAGGUAUGAUCACAUCAAGCCUUCAUCCAGGGGAGGAGUGGGAGGAGGUUCAGAGGACCUGGCAGGUGGUGGGAGACCCAGCAGAGGUGAAGCGAAGAGGACGCUCGUCCUAAGGGACAGAGAUUUUGGUUGUGAUGGUGGGUUUAGGAGCCAGUCGGACGGGCCAGGCUUGGCGUUCCCGGUGGCGGCAGCGUCUCCACAGUCCUACGUUGAUGCCAUCAGAACCGGGCUGGACGCCUCGGAUCAGGAACAAGCGCAUCACCCAGUCGGCAGGGCUCACCCAGUGGGUGGGGCUCACCCAGUGGGCGGGGCUCACCCAGUGGGUGGGGCUCAACACAGUGUCCCCCUGCUGUGUCCCUACGCUGCUGCUGGACGCUGCUUAUAUGAAGAAAGGUGUACGUAUCUCCAUGGCGACCUGUGUGAAGUAUGUGGGCUGCAGGUGCUCCACCCCCUCGACCCCGAACAGAGGAGAGCGCAUGAGAAGAUGUGUCUGCUGGCGUUUGAGGCUGACAUGGAGAAGGCAUUUGCAGCUCAGCUCAGCCAAGACAAGGUGUGUUCCAUCUGCAUGGAGGUGGUGGUGCAGAAAGCAAACCCGUCGGAGCGCAGGUUCGGCAUCCUGUCCUCCUGCUGUCACGUCUUCUGUCUGGCCUGCAUCAGAACGUGGCGCUGCACCAGAAACUUCUGUAACAAGAUCAUCAAAUCCUGUCCACAGUGUCGGAUGGUCUCUGAGUUUGUCAUUCCCUCAGUGUACUGGGUGGAGGAUCAGGAUGACAAGGACCACCUCAUAGAGCUGUUCAAGUCAGGGGUCAGUAAGAAGGCUUGUAAGUACUUCGAUCAGGGCCGCGGUUCCUGUCCAUUUGGAGGAAAGUGUUUGUAUCUUCACGCCUUCCCAGAUGGAACCCGGGCAGAACCCGACCGGCCGCGGAAACAGCUGAGUUCCGAGGGAAAUGUUCGGUUCAUGAACAACGUCCGUCUGUGGGAUUUCAUCGAAGAGCGCGAGCAGCGGUCGGUCCCACCCCCACCAACCUUGGAUGAUGACAUCACAGAGCUGCGGGAGCUCUUUAUGCAGAUGUCGGGGCCAAGCCAUGAGGAGAUUGAGACCCCGGCCACUGCAGAGCAGUAGGGAGGGGACUGACACCGUGGUAACCUGUGAGACUGGACGUCCAUGUUGAAACGUUAAAUCCUGUGGCCUCUGCAGCUGUAUGUGAUUGGUGAACACAGGUUUUAUUAAAAAAAAAAAAUGUUUUAUUUAUUGGGUAAUGAAAUAAAUAAAGAGUCAUUGUGAAGUCAAA